UCUAGCUGUUGAGUCAAAAAUUCACAAAAUCAGAAAAAAACUAUUAUUUUAUUUAGCUAUUUUUUAAAUUGAUGGAUAUAAGAAUAAACAAAUUACAGUAAAUAAUACAAAUAUACUUGUACUAAAUUAUGGCUAAUGAUUUACCAGGACACCCGAAAUUGUCUAGUACAAGGAUUUUAAGUACAUCUGCCAAUAACGACGAACACAAAAAAUACAAUAUAGAAGUAAAACCUGGUACAUCGUAUGAAGUUUUUAGAAAUAACACAACAGCUGUUGAGGUGUUAGUUAAAGAAGUAGCAGACAGAAUUAACAAAAAGCAAACGACAAACAAGUCCAGUGUCAACACUCCCACGGAUCAUACAAAUAUUACAACCCUUAGAGAAAUCAACGAAAAAUUAGCUAGGGAAUUAAUUAAAUCAAAUUCAACAUUAGCAGAGUCUAGGGAUGAUUUUAAAACCAUUAUUUCUCUGAUGAAAAAACAAUUGGAUGAAGCUAAUGGUAGAGAAAUUGAGAUACGCUCAAGAUAUUUGAACGCUCAGCUAGAAAACGAGAAAUUCAAAACGUUAUUGGAAUAUAAAACGAAUCUUGUAAAGAAAUUUAAAAGGGAGUUGAUUAGUUUGAAAAGAAUUAUUAAAUUUGUUGUAAAAGGUAUUUCUUAUACAAAUAUAGCAGAAAACUUCACUUUAAGCUCCGAUCACGAGUACGAUGAGUUUAAAAUGGUGCUACAGAGGGAUUGUCGAGUGAAAUUCGCAAAUUUGCUCGAUGGCACAAUGACUCUUGAUAGUACAGCACUUAAAGAUAAUAAAGAUUCCUUUGAAAAACGUUACUGAAGUUUAUCGCAAGUACAUUUGUAUGUAAAGUAAGUUGUUUUGUACAGUAAAGAAUACAUUUGGAUUAAUUAAUUA